AGAGAGAGAGAGAGAGAGAGAGAGAGAGAGAGAGAGAGUGAGUGAGUGAGGGACAGAGGGAAAGAGAGCAAGAGAGGGAGAGAGAAGGAGAGGGAGUGAGAGAGCAAGAGAGAAAAGAUAAAUGUGCCUUCUACCGCUGGCUAGUGGAUAGAUAGCAGCCACAGUAGGAACUAGAGCAGCACGGGAGGACGGCACGCUGCAGGCUCCAGACCCUCUCUGAAGCACAACAACUGGGGACAACUAUUCCCCCACACUACUCCAACCAUCGCUGACCGACUGGGCAGAGCAAACAGCGGGAAUUGGCUCGGACAAAGGGCGAGUGUGAGCAGGUGAGUGUGAAAUCCAGCCACGCAGAUAAAUAAACACACAGCAGAAAAAUAUAGAAAUCUAAAAGCCUAAAAACAGCACUUUAUGUGUAUCAUGGGUAGUGUGGCAAGUGUUAACAUGUUACAGGAUCAGUGUUAACUAUGAUCCCAGCUUUUGCUCAGAGAGUAUUUCCAGGGCUGUAUGCUAAAGGUGCGGCCGCUACACCUUGGAGGGAAACUGGGAGAGGCUGGCAUUUUGGGAAGGCAGGUACUAUUUUUGACACAGGCUGAGACGGAAAUACAUCUCAGGCUGCACUCUGGGGUUUAACGAUAUGGGGUUACAUAAGAAAAAUGGACUGGCACAUUUUGUGGCCGGGGGUAUUUCAGAUCCUACUUUAUUUCCCGUUCCUGUGCUGCGUUUGCUUGUAUUUGUGUGUUUUUACUGGGAUCAGGAACAGCAGAGGAGAGUCUAUGUCUUAGGACCGGAAAGCUUCCAAAGCACUGUGCACUUCCACUGUGGUCCCCGUGAUAAGACCAUCAUUAAAGAUACAAGCCAAAUAAAGCAUGAGGCCCCGCUCCAGACCGCUGAGCAAGAGGAGGCUCCAGCUGCCGACCAUCAGAGAGGGCAGCGAGGAGGUGCCCCCCCCCCACCCCCCCGCCUCCGUCUGCUCCCAGGACUACCUGCUCUCCAUCUGCCACCUGGCCCUCCCCACCUGCCCGUCUCCGCCCGGCGGGGGGGCCCCCGACCCUCUGGAGCUGCUCUACGGCGGGACGGCCCUCUCCUCCUGCUGGGAGGGCGGCGGCGAGGAGAGGAGGAGGAGGAGGAGUGUGGGGGGGCAGAGCGGGGAGGAAGGCCUCUCCGGUUGGCGCGGCGACAGAGACGACCGGGACGGCCGCGAGGGGAGGCGGCGCGCCCGGGCCAACAGCGUCCCCCGCCUCACCAGCCCCAACUGCCCCCCGAGGCGCAAGGGCAGCUGCCCCGAGGUGCACCCCCUGCCCGGCCCCCAGACCCCCGCGCACCCCCCGGCCGCGCCCCCAGACGGCCCCCCGGUCCCCGAGGUCAGAGACAGUCCGGAGGAGGAGACGGGGGGCCGAGGGGAGAGGGGGGGGGCCGAGGAGGAACAGGAUCCCGGGGGCAAACCCUCCCUCCUGUCCCAGUGGCUCUCUGACUGUAGGUCAGCGUGGAGGGUCAAAGCAGGCGUGCUGCCGGCCAUCGCUGAGAUAUAGGCCGGCCCGCGGCACGCAAAGACACUCUGUACUUAGACUCCAUUCUUAUUGUUUGUUUUUAUAUGUGUCGUUUCGUUCAGAGGUUGAGAAGAGACAACAUGCAGUCUAACACUGGUCGAUACAGCUGUAUGAAAGGGAUAUCGCUUGCCUUAAUACAUAAUGAUAUCUACAUGUUAAUAUAUAUUAAGGCAAGCUUAUAGCUAUAUAUUGUUACUCUUGCCUGUGAUCUGUGAUUGUUUUGCUUAUAUACUCUGACCAACUCGUGCUUGGCUUAUGCCAAAAUGAAAUCUGAAAUCUGCAAAAUCAUUUUAUACCCUGGGUGCCCUGUGGGUCAGAGAGAAAUAAUGAAGGAAUAAAUAAACGAUCGAUUUUGAUACUCUUAAACCAUC